CUUCCACUGCCGCCUUGCUCCCGUCCCUUGCCUCUCUACCACACGCGCUGAGGGACUGCACCCCGACUUUCCACUUGCAAAUCGCCGCCGGCAAACGGACCAUCUUCCUUGUGGGAUUUGACGGUUCCGUGUCGUAGCCGGAGUUUGAACUACGCCUUCUGUCGACUUCGCGACUUGCUUAGUUCUUUGCUCCCUAGAGUGAACAGUCGCACCAUCUUUCUGAGAUCCCCGCCGUCGUCGCCGUCCGUCUUAGGUCCACUGAUGAAUGACGACGGAGUGGCUUGACCACCACCACCUUCCAUCCGCCUCUCUACCUGCCAAAACAGCCAUGCCUACCACCGUCACCGCCUCGGUCCCAUAAUUCCGUUUUCGCCUCUCGAGAAGGCCAAUCGAUAGGUUGUGGACAUCCAAGAAUCAUUCCAGAACCGAACGCAUUUGAAUGGCUCUCUGUGUUGAUUCCUGAUCCCCCACCGCAGCCUUGUGUUCGCAUCUCGCCUCGCCUCACACCACCGCAAGCGCCCCAAAUAUUCAACUUGGGCCUGGUGCCCUUUCUGCCUUUCCAAAUACCACUAGUAAUACUCCCAGCCAGCCCCGAACAGCCAGUUCUUCACCUUUCAACACUGUACGAUAUACAGACUACCAAGCGACAACCCCUUGCCCAGCUAUGGCUACCCGUGAUGCUCCCGGUUCCUCCCGGGACGCAGUUAUAAACAAUAGCAGCGAUUCAGAGUCCGAUUCGCCCUAUGCCCGAAGCCGUCAUCCUACUGUUAGCGCACAGCCGCCAAUAUGCCAAUGGCGGAACUCGACCUUCCACGAUCAGGAAUGCUCCCACUACUUUGACUGCCCUACCCACGUGGUGGAGCGAGUGCUUUCGGACGGCGAAUCCCAGGGUGAUGAGGAAGGUAGGGCACGCUCAGAUCAACCAGAUGAGUCCGACGGGGAACAACCACAACUUAGGGAUGUGUCUCCUUUGAGCGAUAGCGAGGAUGAGGGAGGUGUAGUCAUGUCCAGCCCGAAUGCUUCUCGGCCCGUUUCGCCUUUGCCUUCAAGCCCGGCAAGAGGCGGGUAUGAGACAACCACGGUGGCGGGAACGAAUCAUCCUCCCGUACCGGGGGAACAACAGGGGGACGGCACAUUUCCAGUCAACACCGAGAACUUACCUACAACACCGCUCACGGGGUCGGCCGAAAACCUAAUUGCCCUCAAUGAUUCCCCAGUGCAAACAAGAGGCCAGCCACAGCUUGGAUAUUUUGCACAGCAUGCUACAAAUACCGGUGAGUAUGGAUCAGGGACGGUAACCACGCCGAGUCCUGGACCCUCGCGUGGUGGUGUACCUUCGAGACUGCGCGAAGUAUUCGAAAGCCCACCAACUCCCACUACAGAUCUUUCACCGAGGCUGGUGCGAGGUCUGUCUCAACAACCACCUCCGGCACAGCGCAGGGUAUUAGAGGAGAUAGUGCUGCCCCGGUGGCAGCCAGACGCCGAGGUGACUUAUUGUCCCAUUUGCCACACCCAGUUUAGCAUAUUCGUUAGAAAGCAUCAUUGCAGAAAAUGCGGGCGUGUGGUGUGUAAUUCGUGCUCGCCCCAUAGAAUCACAAUUCCGUACCAGUAUAUCGUACAGCCGGCCGGCACGCCCCGUUUAGCUCCGAGAUACCCGGGCUCAUUUUUGGGUGGAGACCCGCGAUCCCCGGACUUCAGUGUCCUCGGCGGCGGCGAACGGGUCAGGUUAUGCAACCCCUGUGUUCCAGAUCCCAACACGGCCCCGCCGCAAACGCAAGCCCAGGGGUCAAGCCAUUCGCGGUCUCACGGCAAUGUCGCCGGUGGAUCUCAGGGCGGUGGUGGUGAAGCCGCCUCGCCCGACUACAGUAACAGAUGGAGCUCGUAUUUCGGGCCAUCGCCCUCAUCUGAUGGACAGUUCAGAAAUAGAAGUGUAACUCUGCAACCCACCGUCACGACGUUGCCAUCUGGAUCUAACAACAUAUUUAUCUCGACUGCCCCAAUGGAGAGCCGUAUUAUGUCUGGUACCCCGCCGGUAUACUACCAGUCCGGCUCCUCUUCUCAUUCUCACCCGUAUCGUGGGCCAACAUCUCAACAACGGUACCGGUCUCUACUUGAUAUUGGUGAGCGGCCUGGACCUUCAGCUGGACCGUCUUCAUCAUCCAGUCCCGAUGUCAAUCGCCGUUUACCUCCAACUCCACGAUCACACAGCCGCCACCAUCAACAUCAUCAUCAUCAUCACCAACAACAACACAUCAUUCCCGAGGAAGAUGAGUGUCCGGUCUGCCAUAGGGAGCUUCCAUCACGCAAUCUUCCCAACUUUGAGACUCUGCGCGAAUCCCACAUAAACCAAUGCAUAGCCACGCACAGCGCGUAUAAUGGCAGUGUCCGUCCAGCAGUGACUGACGAGAACGGAGAGGGAAGUAGCGGAGCCAAUAGUUCAUCACUGCCACCAGCACCGCCACGGCGGACCGGCAUGUUUCCAUACACGGCGACGGAGAAAGACUGCGUGGACUCGGCGGAGUGCACGAUUUGUCUGGAGGAGUUUGAGCCUGGGGUGGCCAUGGCUAGGUUGGAGUGUUUGUGCAGGUUUCACAGAGCGUGUAUAAGUGCGUGGUGGGAGAGACACCCGGGCAGGUGUCCUAUGCAUCAACAUGAUGGGUUUGGAUAUUGAAGGGCAUUAGGGUAAAGGGCGAAAUGAGUCUGAUUAUUGGGGUAUGGUGGUGCUGUCUGGAGUCAUGUUUCUUUUUUUUGUGGGAUCUUUUCCUGGGUCCAUUCAUUGCAUGUUGUCUCUCUCUCUCUUUCAUCGCAUGGCGGUUGUCUUGUUGGGGUUGACAAAUCAUUAAGAUAGUACGGACGUGAUUCUUAAUUGGGCAAGUUCCUGACUUAAGUAGCUUACUCUAGGCUGGAAGGACCACACAGCGAAACUGCGUGUCGGAUAGAAGUAAUGUACGUCAGGCACUGGGGUUGAUACUAUUUGUGUUGAUCAGGUUUUGGGGCUC